AUGGGGAUUUUUGAUCUUUUUGAAAAGAAACAGGUGAUUUUCUUAUUUUAUGUUGUACUUGAUGUUGUUUGCUAGUUUUCUUUUGCCGAAUAGUUUAGUUAUUUUAUUUUUAAUGUUGUGUGUAGUGUAAUGUCGCUUUUAAAUAUAAAACGUUUUUAUUUUAGGAUAAAAUGGCAGCCAAUGUCACUAUUGACUGUUUUGGCGAAAAACUUGAAGUCUUGAUUCAGAAUGAAGAAUAUGCUGGCUCCGAACUAGUACCCGAAGAUGGAGAACAGAUUCUUAAAACCGUUGGUGAUCUCAGAAAUAGGAUUGCUGGUCACUUUGGGUUGGUUGCGGACAAAAUGAAGAUUAUUCAUAGAGGUAUGUAUUAUAAUAUUGUCUUUUUGUGUUUAGGUAUGUUGAAGCUGGAUCUAGAACGCUUUGAAGGGCAUUAGAAAUUAGAUUUUACCCUUUUGGUGUUAGUCUUUACCUAUUUUUACUUGAAUUUGGGCACAUUUUUAUGCAAAAUUUUAACUGGCCUUCAUGUCUUUUGUUGAAAAUUUGUUAUAUUUCAGUAUAUUACAGGUAAAUGUUUUGAACAUUUUUGUUAAGUUAGCAAAAUUCAAAAUAUGUAUUACAGUUUAUUUAGGUUUAGAGGGAAAAUGAAUAUUUGAGUAUAAGAACGUAAACUUAAGACCAUGGCCGUCUUUUAUUUUUCUUCGAAUGGGAUGAGGAGGGGCCGGUGUUCCUAUGAGGUCUUGGGGGGUAUCUAGGCUUGGCAUGAGGGUAAGGGAGGAUGACUUCGCCUUGGCUGGUGUGAUAUGACACCUUCAUUAUGUCACUAGCAAACUUGUUUCGUUUCGCCAUCCUCAGCGUUGUGAAUACGUAGCUAGUAAAUAAAGGUUUUUAGUAAAAGAUUUUUAUAUAUUUGCAAGUAAGUUAAACGAUAAACCCUAGGUUCUUAAGAGCUAUGCAAAAAGAAUUCUAAAUAGAUUGUAUUUAUGGUGUUGCUAUCUGUUUUGAUUAUAUAUGCAGUGGAACACUGUAUAACAAAACUCCUUUAUAACGAAAAAAUUUCAAGUCUCCGAGCGAUUCGUUAUACAUGAGUUCCACUUUAUAUCUAUAUAUACAUAUAUAUAUUAAAAAACUUUCCAUGAGCAGCUCAAGAACAGGCAGUGAUGAUCUGUAGUAUUUUAUGGUACACAAGGUGGUCCGAAUAUAGAAAAGCCCAAACGCUUCCUGCAGUGGACAAUAACGGAUUCACCCUUUGGCAAAAUUUUCCUGAGGGGUUACAAUCGUAUAGAAUGUAUGGCAUAUUAGAUGUAUCAAGGGACCGCCGAAGCAUAAAUAAUGUGGAUAGGUACAACACUACCAUAAAUAAGUGUAUUAUAGUGCUAUCUUGGCCAGUCAUUAUAAAAAUAGUGUAUAGCCAAUAAAUACCGCUAAAAAGCGCAAUCAGCCUAUAUUGACAUUCAUUUUUAGUAUUUACGAUAGUGCAGUUCAAAUAGGCGGGAACCAGUCCUAGUGUCGCGAUUAGAAAGUUGGAAUAGUUGUAGGUAGUAUAAUCAUUUUGAUCAGCAUUUGUAGGUAAAAUAUUUUAGUGAUCGGGAUAAUUGCUAGAAAAAAAUUGAAAAUGUUUAUCAGAAGAUCUAAAAAGUUAAUUACAACUUUUUUUUUGUACCAGUACAUUUUUUUUCCGAAAAAACGGCAAAAAAGAUCAAAAUUGUUGAAUUUUCUCUUGAUUUUUCUGUGAGAACAUCAAGGUAUCCAUCCCUCAGGCCUUGGGUUUGAUGACUUUUCAAAGAUUGAGUUUUAAUGAAUAUUUGUUUGAUGAAACUUUGUAUAAACAAUUUCUUGUUGAUUAUGGGUGUUUGAACGUGUUUUUAAUUUCGAUUUUACUUGAUUUCAGUAGUAUUUUUUGUAUAAAUCGUGAUGAAUAAUUACAAAUUUUUCAUUUUCAGGACAAAAUGGUAGCCAAUGUCACUAUUGA